AUGGAGAACGGAGCAGUGUACAGCCCUACCACAGAGGAGGCCCAGCCACAUCCCAGGGGCGCCCGGAGCGGUCUCACCACCUGCUUCUCCCCGGGCCGGCUCAAGUGGCACCGGCUUGCCCUCAAAGGCUUGCAGCUGUUACUGUCUCUGCUGGCCUUCAUCUGUGAAGAAGUUGUUUCACAAUGUACUAUGUGUGGAGGACUUUACUUUUUUGAAUUUGUAAGCUGCAGUGCCUUUCUUCUGAGUCUUCUGAUAGUGAUUGUGUAUUGCACUUCAGUUUAUGACAGAGUCGAUCCUGAUAAAGUAAAAUCAUCGGACUUUUAUAUUACUUUGGGAGCAGGAAUUGUGUUUUUGUUGGCAUCCAUUAUUUUUGCUGCCACACAUGAUAAGACAUCAGCUGAAAUUGCUGCAAUUGUGUUUGGAUUCUUGGCAUGUAUUAUGUUUCUAGCUGACUUUUUCAUUAUGUUGUAUGAGAAACGACAGGCCCAGCAGAGAAAACCAGAGACUCCGGCAGAAUUCACGGAACCACUAAAUGUUCCCUAG